AUGUCUUCUCCUCUGUUAGAAGCAGAUCAAGAAAAAUUUGACAACAAGACUGUCUGAAAAAUCGGGAUAACAGUCGCGAUGGGCUCUUUCAUUUCAGGCAUGAAUCUCGGAGUUUAUAAUUCAGCACCGGAUAACAUUUCUGCAACCCUGGAUUGGGGUAGCAACAAAGAUUACUUUAUUCCAACAAUGAAUGCUAUGAUGCAUUUCGGCGCUACCUUUGGAGCUCUCAGUGCAGGUCCAUUGGCAACUAAAAAAGGCCGUCGCCAAGCUAUAUUGAUUUUGGAUAUAUUAUAAUAAUUCUCAUUACUAUCAAUUUUUUUUAUUUUUAGCAAAUUAUUUACUUAUAAUUUUUGGUAUAAUUACAAUAAUUGCUUCAGCCUUCUUUUUGAUUCCAUUCACCCCAACUUUUGCUAUAGGCAGAUUUCUAUCUGGGUUUAUUGCAGGAGGCUUUUGUGUGCUCUCUCCUUUAUUUAUCUUUGAAUUCGCCCCAGUUUCCAUUAGUGGAAAAAUUGGGUCUUUGAUACAGUUUAACAUUACCCUUGGGAUUGUCUUUAUGUAUGCUUUAGCAUUGCCAUUGCCAACAGGAGGCUAUAAAAGUAAUGACUUAAAUUACUGGUGAAUGUUCAUGUUUUCUUUACAAUCAGUUUUUGCCUUAUUCCAGCUCUUUUUAAUGCUGAUGAAGUUUAAGUAUGACACUCCUGUUUGGCUUUUAGAACAAAACAGAAGAGAAGAAGCAGAAAGAAGCCUAAGGCAAUACUAUGACGACGAAAGCGCAGCAUCUGCACUGGCAAGACUAGAAAAAAGCAUACAAAAAUCAAAAGAAGAAGCAGGCGAAAGCAGCUAUGCUGAUUUAUUAUGCUGCAGAAAAGGGCAUUCUAAAAGCUUCAGAAUAGGGAUUAUGCUGAAUUUUAUACAGCAGUGGUGCGGAAUUAAUGCAAUUUUAGGGUACUCUACAAGCAUUUUUAGCGAAUUCGGCAGCGAGUUUGUAGCGAGAUGCUUUACGGUACUAAUUGGGCUUGUUAAUAUGGGUGCCACGUUGAUUUUGUUCCCAGCUGUCAAUAAAUACGGAAGAAAGCCUAUGCUUUGGAUUGGAAGCUUAGGAAUGGCUGCAUGCUUGAUUUUUGAUGGGAUUUUUUCAGGACCUGUUGAUGCAACAGUAGGUCCUCCACUGGCUUUUAUAUUAAUUUAUAUUGUUUUCUUUGAAACUUCUGCUGGACCACUGUGCUGGAUUGUGUGUGGAGAAAUUUUAGCACCUAAAGCUAUGAGCAUUUGCCUUGGAAUGAACUGGGCUUCGGCUACAGCUGUUGUCUUCUUAUUCCCAAUUAUGGUUAAUGCAUUUUCGAUGACUUAUACGUUUUUCUUUUAUGCAGGAAUUUGCUUACUAAGUGUUCCUUAUUUGUGGUUUGACUUGGUUGAGACUAAAGGGAGAACUAAAGCUGAUUUGAAAACAGAGUUUUCUAAGCUUAGAUAA